AGCCCAGACCCUCCAUUGGUUGCACAAACUUUUCAGAGGUGGUUUUCAUAGGAAAGCGUGGGCAAGAUGGCAGAGGAUGACCUGGUGGCGGAGACUGAGGACAGAGCAUCGUCUGCUAGUGUGAACAAUGACAUUCUUCCCUCACUUCACACAGCUAAGGAGGCCAGUCUUUCAGAUCCCAAAGCUAUUGAUGGUAAUACACAGACAGAAACAACUGCACUGCUGACUAAUUCAGGGCAGCAAACUCAGGAACCCAUGGCUGAAUCAAAUACACCAGGCAGACUGAAGCGGAUAUGCGCCUGUCCUCCACAAGGCAUACUUGCCAGAACAAUAACAUACGGAAUAGCUGUGGUGCUGAUCUGGGCUGUAGUCUGGUCUAUUACAGGUGAAGAGUGUCUUCCUGGUGGAAAUCUCUUUGGAAUUUUGUUCCUCUUUUUUUUUGCUGUCAUUGGUGGCAAAUUGAUUGGACUGAUUAAAUUACCAGGCCUGCCUCCACUUCCUUCUCUCCUUGGAAUGUUGCUUGUAGGAUUUCUCCUUCGAAAUAUUCCCUCAAUCAGUGACCUAAUCCAGAUAGAAUUGAAGUGGUCAGCUGCCCUAAGAAGUAUUGCCCUCGCUAUUAUCCUGGCCCGUGCUGGCCUUGGCCUUGACCCAAAGGCUCUGAAAAAAUUAAAGGCUGUCUGUGUACGAUUGAGCUUUGGGCCUUGUGUCACCGAAGCAUGUAUAGCAGCGGUCGUGUCUCACUUUCUGAUGCAUCUGCCAUGGACAUGGGGAUUUCUCUUAGGAUUUGUUCUAGGGGCCGUUUCCCCUGCUGUUGUGGUCCCUUCCAUGCUCAUUUUGCAAGCAGGAGGUUAUGGGGUGGACAAGGGUGUCCCAACAUUGCUUAUGGCUGCUGGCAGCUUUGAUGAUAUCUUGGCCAUCACGGGUUUCAACACCUGCUUGGGGAUAGCUUUCUCUACAGGCUCCACCCUUUUAAGUGUCCUCCGUGGUUUUUUGGAGGUUGCAAUCGGAGUAGCAGCUGGUGGCCUUCUAGGAAUUUUUGUACGGUACUUUCCAAGCAAGGAUCAGGGAUCAGUUGUAUGGAAGAGAGCAUUCUUUCUGGUAGGCCUGUCUGUGUUUGCUAUUUUUAGCACUGUAAAGUUGGGCUUCCCUGGAUCUGGAGGUCUCUGCACCAUUGUCUUGGCAUUCCUGGCUGGUCUUUCUUGGUCUGAUGAGAAGAAAGAAGUUGAAAAGAUUAUUGGAGUUGCCUGGGAGAUUUUUCAACCCUUUCUUUUUGGUUUAAUUGGAGCUGAAAUAUCUGUCUCCUCUCUCAAACCAGAAACGGUUGGACUCUGUGUAGCUACGCUAAGUAUUGCAUUAGUGGUACGAAUUACUGUCACGUUCGUGAUGGUAUCUUUUGCUGGCUUUGAGUUGAAGGAGAAAAUAUUUAUUUCACUGGCAUGGAUCCCCAAAGCAACUGUCCAGGCUGCAAUUGGUUCAGUUGCCUUAGAUACGGCACGAGCUGAACAAGAUGAAACAUUAGAACAAUAUGGCAUGGAUGUUUUGACAGUGGCUUUUUUAGCGAUUCUGAUCACGGCACCAAUUGGAGCUCUGAUAAUUGGCCUGGCAGGGCCCAGGCUUCUCUACAAGGCUAAUGCUGGCAGUGACGAUGACGGGCAGAAAAGAACAGAAGACAUAGACAUAUCUGGACGGGUAUAGGAUAGGGACUGUGAAUAGCCCAAAGAUCACCCAGUUGAUAAUACAGUUUGUCUAGGAACAAUAGUGGCCUAUAAAAGUCUGAACAUAAAAAGAGCUCUGCUGGAUCAGACCAUUAGUCCAUCUAGUCCAGCAUCAUGUGUCAUAUAGCAGCCAACCAUUUGCUCUGGAGAACUAGCCAAAUGCACAUAGAGGCCAAGGUUCUCCCCUGAUGUUACCUCCUGGCACUGGGAUUCAGAAAGUCUGUGGAAUGUAGUUUAGAUACUGCUAAAGCCUCACCACAAGUAACCUGUAGGAAGGUAAGAUGAUAUUCACAAGCAAAAUUAAUGUUAUGGUCUUAGCCUUGCUGAAUUCCAUGUUUCUGUGACCCUAUUUGAAGACUUGGGUGCCAGCAAGACAGAAGAAAGCAUUCAAGAUGAUUUGUAGAGGGAUGAUGGCAAAAUUAUAAAAGUCCUGGGACAGGGGCAGAAAAAAAAGUCAACCACCACAGGACCAAUACCUGGACUAAAUAAGUAAAAGGGGUUCUUUCCUCCCCAACAAAGGAUAGUAAAAACUCUACAUUGAAAAUUGCAGGCACAGUAUGAUAAAAAACAACCUUGCAUUUUGGAGUCUAAUGUUCCUUUUCCUAAUCACAACUUGAAAACAGAGGACAUAAAAGCAAGCAGUGUUGUGGUUGAAUAGGAAUUUCAUACACAAAGCUGAAAAAAACCUCUCAGUUGGUUUCCUGACUGUCCUGAAAGUAUCAAGAGGCUUGUUCUCGGCCGCUUACUCUCCAUUUUCCUCUACAGAUUAUAAAAACAAGCAGAAGACAAGUAGUAUCACAGCUCUGUCAAUGUGAACAUGGUGGUGUCUUUACAUCAUGAGUCUCUGAUUACAGAGGCCUGAUUUACGGAAUUGAUAUUGGAAUGUUUGGUUAAUAUAGUGGGAUUUGCCAGUUGUAGAAGCAUGAUAUUGUCUGCAGGAAAUUAAAACUCCCAAGAGGUAUAUUGCAAAAA